UGGCUGGCUGGCUGGCUGGCGCGGCGGCGGCGGCGGCGGCGGCGGGGCGCUCCUCGGCCGGGCAUGGCUUCGUCGCCGGGCGCUGCGGCGCUGGCCGAGCUGCUGGGCGAGGCGCUGGCGGCGCCCGACGGCUCGGCGGUGCCCACGGCGGCGCUGCCCGCGCGGGGCGUCUCGCUGGUCGGGCUCUACUUCGGCUACUGCGGCGGGGGGCCCGGCGCCCAGGUGGCCGCCAGCCUGGCCGCCUUCUACGCGCGCUUCCAGCCGCGGCCGGCGCCGGAGCCGGAGCCGGAGGGCGCCGCGGGCACCGGGGCCGCGCCGCAGCGCCUGGAGAUCGUCUUCGUCUCGGCCGAGCAGGAGCAGCCGCGCUGGCAGGAGGCGACGCGGGCCAUGCCCUGGCUGGCGCUGCCCUUCGCCGACAAGCGCCGGAAGCUGAAACUGUGGAACAAAUUCCGGGUUUCCAACAUCCCGUCCCUGAUAUUUAUAGACGCCAACACUGGGAAAGUUGUCUGCAGGAACGGCCUCUUGGUUAUCCGAGAUGACCCAGAAGGACUGGAGUUCCCGUGGGGUCCCCGGCCGUUCAGCGAGGUGGUUGCUGGGCCUCUGCUCCGAAAUAGCGGGCCGCCCCACGACAGCAGCGUCCUGGAUGGCUCCCACGUGGGGGUUUACUUCUCUGCGCACUGGUGCCCACCUUGUAGAAGCCUCACUCGGGUCCUAGUGGAAUCCUACCGGAAAAUCAAAGAAGCGGGCCAAAAAUUUGAGAUUGUCUUUGUUAGUGCAGACAGGUCUGAGGAGUCGUUCAAACAAUACUUCAGCGAGAUGCCCUGGCUGGCGGUCCCCUACGCCGACGAAGGGCGGCGGUCACGCCUGAACCGGUUGUAUGGCAUUCAAGGUAUCCCUACUCUUAUAGUCUUGGACACCAAGGGGGAUGUGAUCACUCGACAAGGCCGAGUGGAGGUGCUGAAUGACAUUGAAUGCCAGGAGUUCCCCUGGCACCCCAAGCCUGUCUUAGAGCUGACUGACUCCAACGCUGUCCAGCUAAACGAGGGUCCUUGUCUUGUCCUUUUUGUAGAUUCCGACGACGACGGAGAAUCCGAGGCGGCCAAGCAGCUGAUCCAGCCCAUUGCAGAGAAGAUCAUUGCCAAAUACCGAGCCAAAGAUGAGGAGGCUCCGUUGCUGUUUUUUGUGGCCGGAGAGGAUGACAUGACCGAUUCUCUUCGGGAUUACACCAACCUGCCAGAAGCCGCCCCUCUCCUCACCAUCUUGGACAUGUCUGCCCGAGCCAAGUACGUCAUGGAUGUGGAAGAAAUCACCCCCACAAUUGUGGAAGCCUUUGUGAAUGACUUUCUCGCAGACAAGCUGAAACCUGAGCCCAUCUAAAGCUGAGCUGAGGCAGGGAGGGAGGGCUUUCCUUGUGCCUGGCCCCCCACCCCACCUCUCAGACACUAUUUAAAAGUGGCAGGAUUGGCCCGGCGUUCAGCGCAGGCCGACCAUGAUGUCCUUGUGGUGCCUUGUUUUAACCCAGAACGACGCCUCUGUUCAAUGCUCCCAAACUUUUUCCAGGUGCUGUUUGCAAGCAAGGGGUGGGGGGUGGGGCUCUGUGGGGAAGACUUUGCUUUGGGGAAAGGGGGCAGGAGGGGUGCCAGGAGAACCUGUGCCAUCCUGACAGAUUCAGAAGCAGCGCUUGAAGCAGUGAGCAAAUUCCCUGUUCCUGCCGCCUCCUCUCCCCCCUGCCCACUUUUAGCGAGGAAAUGAAAACCUUUCUUUCUUCCAUCCAGAGCAGAGAGCUUGAAGGAGGGGGGGGAAGUGAGUCAACCCAUCAAAAUGAUUGUUUAAAGAUGGGUAAGGCAGAGGAUAUACAUCAAGCUGAGCAGAUGAAGGAGAAGACUGUAUGCAGAUCCCUUACUGCAAAACCUUCGGUCUUCUUUGUUUACUGGGGGGCAGGAAAAGUGUUUUAAGGGUCCCGAAUCCCUCCCAGGGGAUGGUCAGAUUGGGAUCCCCCAGGCCGCUGAACCAUGGUUCACUCAACCUGGUCUCCUAGCAUUGCUUGAGACACAGAAUCCAAAAACAACCACAGAGGCUAGAUUCACACAUGGUAAAGGUGGUGACUUGGUUGGUGGGUCUGUGUGUCUUGUGAAUGCAUCUUGGAGACAGGGGGAAGAGCCAGAAUCCUCUAGCAAAUAUUUGGCAUCUCUGAAAUGCCGGGGCCUUUUCCUGGCAGCAGCGGGGGGGGGAGGGCUUUGGUGUUGCCUUGCACUCGAAGCUCAGAUAGGUGAUGCCGAAACUCAACUGGGCCUGAGCACAGGGUCACCCAUACCAGGAGGUCAGGAGACAAAGGAUGCAAAUUGUGUGAUGGGUAUCAUUUGCACAACCAGGCACAGGAUGUCAUUGUGGCUUGCACCGGACACCCACGCGGGAGAUUUAAGAUGAGCCAUUGUGGAUUCCUGGAAGGUGGUAAAUCCCCAGGUGACUUUGCGGGGCCUUUUUCAAUGGUGCCAUUUGAGAACUACGCCAAAAGGUUUCUAGCUGGACAAUGAAAGAUGUCGUUUUAGGGACUGUCCUGAGCUUGGUCCUCCCUGCCCCCCAACUCAUGGGGGAAACCCCACAGGUUUUUUGAAGGUCGCCGUCUUAACCACCCUAAGCCAUUAAUUGUAAUAACUAUAGCAAUUAAUUGAAAUUGGUCCCUUUUUUUAAGCCAGGUGUACGGAAUAUUCAGGAACAUUCCAACUGCUGAGGAUUCUGGGAACUGUAGUGCCAAUGCGUACAGAGGGUGCCAAGCUGGGGAACACCACCUGAAAAUAACAUCCAGGAUGAUUUUAGAUCCUUUUCCCCCCUUUCUUUUAAUCCACGUGAAAUGCCUCUUUUUGCCUCUGUUCCCUCCACCUCUUGGUAGAACAAUUCUCUAUAGAUAGGACUCUACCGUGGACUCUGCUGAUUUUUAGUCGGGGUGUGUGUGUGAAUUGGAACUAACACACUGUCUUCGCCGCCUCUGGCUAGUGGAAGUUGUAAAAACUGUACAUGGUGAUUAGAACUUCGUAAUAAAAGCGGUUCUAAGGAACGAA